ACUGUAAAUCUGUAAAGGAUGUGUUUAGGCAGCUGAAUGAGGUCCUGCGGGUUUGGUGUCAUUGGUGAAUGACCGAAGAUGUCUCACAGCAGGUUGUUUGCGAGGCUGCUUUUGCAGCAGUGUGGAGUCAGACACUACACUGGAACGAGAAAGAACCUCUACAUCACCAAGGACACGAAGGUCAUCUGCCAGGGAUUCACUGGGAAACAGGGAACGUUUCACAGUCAGCAGUCUCUUGAUUAUGGCUCCCUGUUGGUUGGAGGCGUUUCCCCCGGUAAGGGCGGAAAGACGCACCUUGGAAAGCCGGUCUUCAACUCAGUCAAGGAGGCAAAGGAGGGCACAGGGGCAGAUGCCACUGUGAUUUAUGUACCUCCACCAUUUGCGGCAGCAGCCAUCAUUGAGGCCAUUGAUGCGGAGAUACCCCUGGUGGUGUGCAUCACCGAGGGCAUCCCCCAGCAGGACAUGGUGAGGGUCAAACAUAAACUACUGCGCCAGAACGCCACGCGCCUCAUAGGCCCCAACUGCCCAGGAGUCAUCAAUCCUGGAGAAUGCAAGAUUGGCAUCAUGCCUGGACACAUCCACAAAAACGGAAGAAUUGGCAUUGUUUCUAGGUCGGGUACCUUGACGUAUGAAGCAGUGCACCAAACUACACAAGUAGGCCUGGGCCAGUCCCUCUGUGUGGGUAUUGGCGGGGAUCCAUUUAACGGUACAAACUUCAUAGACUGUCUGGAGGUGUUCCUGCAUGAUCCGAAGACGGAGGGCAUCAUCCUUAUCGGAGAGAUCGGAGGAAAUGCUGAGGAGAAUGCAGCCGAGUACCUGAAGCAGCACAACUCUGGUGCGAAGGCGAAGCCCGUGGUGUCCUUCAUCGCAGGGUUAACCGCUCCUCCCGGCCGCAGGAUGGGCCACGCCGGCGCCAUCAUCGCCGGUGGAAAGGGCGGAGCCAAGGAGAAGAUCGCGGCCCUCCAGUCCGCUGGGGUCGUCGUCAGCAUGUCCCCCGCUCAGCUGGGCAGCACCAUGUUCAAGGAGUUUGAGAAAAGGAAGAUGUUGUAAAUGUGCUGUAAGACAACCAUCCUUUUACCCCUGCCUCAAAAAUGAGAUGAUUCUGAAGGUGGACAAGCUCUACAGUAUCUGUAAACCCUAAUUAUUUCAUCAAAGAUGCGCACACACAGUGUUUAUAUUGUAAUUUCUGCCAUUGACUUGUACCUUGCACAUAAUUAAAGAAUAAACAUUAGUGUCUUAAUGGUAUCCUAAAGAUUUCAUUGUGCACGUUGUUAAACCUUUAAAGAUGUUUAUUUCUUUUUUGUUUUUUAUCUCCAGUGUCACCAACUGAAAGAGGGAUGCCACAGUGAUCUGUUUCAUUCUGUUAUUGUACGAUGUAUUUCAUCUCCCAUUUCACUGGCUGUCCACCUCAAUAAGAAAUAUUUCUCCUAUCA